AUGGAGUUUUUUGAAUAAUUCAAUAAAAAGGAAAUUACAGAAGAAUAAUUUGUAGAAUAGUUAUAAACUUUAACUACAAAAAUAUAAAAGAAAAGCACAUUAACUUCUGAAUAAAUUCUUUAAGUAAAUUAAUAAAUAGAUAAAAUUGAUGAUUUAUGUUUCAAUUCUAAUGUUGAAUUAUUCAUUAAAUUUGCACUUUAUAUAUCAAAUAGAGGAGUUUAUUAACUAUUAUAUUAAUUAAGUUGGGAUAAGAUUCUAUUUUAAAAGGAUAAUACAGAUGCAAAUUUAUUAGGUUUAUAUAUCAUUAAACGUGUAUAUCAUUCUGAAAAUCAUAAAGUUCUUAUUCUCUUUUUAAAUGAGUAAAAAUUAAUAUUGAUAUAUUUAUUAGUAUAUUAAGAUAACAAAAAACAGUUGAAAAGAAAUUUGUUCUUUUAGAAAUAUUUGUAUAAAUACUUCCAAAAAUAGAGAAAAGGGAAAUUCAUUUAGCAGUUAUAUUUCCUGUUAUAUUAAUUGUUAUAAAUGAAGGAUUAUAAAAAUAUUUGAAAUAUAAAUAAUAACAAAUUCAAAAUGAUUUGAAUGAAGAUAAUAAGUUCACUAAAUUGUAUAUGAACAAUUUUCAAAAUUGGACUGUUUAAUUUUUCAAAAGAAUAUUUGAUUCAAUAAAGAAAUUUUCUGAAAUUAAAACUUAAUCUAUAGCUAUACGUGAAUUAUAUAGUAUUGAUACCAAAUAUGAUUAUUUUGAUAAUUAAUUAAGUAGAAAACCUGAAGAUCCUAAAUUAAUUGUGAAACAUUAUAUUUUAUUAUUCUUAUCAGAUCUACUUUAAGGUAUUUUAGAGAUUGAAUAAUCAAUGAAAGAUUCUUAAUUAGAUCCAGAUGUUAUUUAAACUUUAUUAACAUAAACAAAUUAAAUGAUUUAUGAUAUUCAUGAUAAUAAAUUAGAGAUAAUAGAAAAUUAUAUAAAUUGGAUAAGAUUUAGCAUUUAAUUUGAUCAAGAAUUACCAUAAUAAUAUUAACAUUAUUCAAAUGAAUAAACAUAUACUCCUGCAUUUAUUUGUUAUUUAACAAAAGAAUUAUUAACAUCUAGUAGUUUGGAAUCAAUAUUAACAGUUGAUUAUAAAUUGAAAAUCUUAAUUGGAGUUUUAUAUGAAUAAAAAAAAUUAACAGUUUUGAAAUGUGAUAUUUAGAGCAAAUUAAUUGAAUUAAUAGUGAAGUAUUUAAAUUUACGAGAUGUUUCAAUAAAAUUGAAAACAGCUAAUCAUUUUACUACUCCAUUUGAUAUAAUAAUAAUGUUAAUAAUGGAAAAAGCAGGAUCUGGAUUAGUUGAUGAAUAACCUUAUAUUUCAGCAUGGAAAUAAGCAUAAUCUUCAUUUAUUCCUGAAGUUUGGACAAGAAUACUAGAAUAAUGUAUAAAUAAAUCUCAAAAUUAUGUUUUAUUAUCACAUUUAGUAAAUAAUAUAAAGAGUUCUUAUUCACAAUUAGACAAUAAAAUUUUAAUAAAAAAUUAUGAUAUAUUGAUAUAAGCAAUAUUUAAGAAAGAGACAGGAAAUAUUGAUGCUAAAGUUUUAUUAUAUGAUUCAGCAACACUAUUAAUUUAAUAAUUGGUAAAGAUUUUUAUAAUUUAAAUAGAAUUUGAAAAAAGUAGAUCUACAUAAUAUAUUUGAAUAAAAAUGGAAACCUUUAUUAAAACAAUAUUAAAAAGAUUUACAAUAAUCUAUUGAUUAUUUGGAAACAAAAAAGAAAGAAGGUGAUGAGUAAAAAUUAAAGGAUGAUUAAGUAUUUUAGGCAAUUUUAGGAUAAGAGAGAAAUCUAAAAAUUGCUUAUUAUAAUUUGAAUAAGGUAUUGGAGUGA